AUGGAUGUUAAGAAUUUUCCGCUUCUCGUCCCGUCCGGUGUGGAUGGACUAUCUUAUUGUGGAUUUAUUACUGUUAAGGGACAAGAACUUUCAUUUCAAAUCAACCUUGAAAAUAAUAGUUCGUGCCUAAAAAACGCGAAACUUUACGGUAGUCCUGAACUAAAAAGGCUUAUAUUUGGUCAUGAAAAGGCUUUACAGCAACGCCUUGAACAAUGUACAAACUUUUUAGAGUUUUUCGUUGAUCUCAAAGAUUUACUUGAACUUAUAAUGACUAAAGAGAAGGCUGAUCCAUCACCGGGUGAAAAUUAUUACUCUACUUUAAUAAGUGAGCUUAAUUCUAUAGGAUGGGACAAAUUAGAGGCAUUCAAUCCCUCUCUAAGAAGUUUAUCUUUAAAGUUGAAUGAUUCAUCCAGUCGUCAGCAUAGUAUUUUUGUAUCUUUACCAUUUUCAUAUCCUCAAUCGCCACUCAUAGUGCAUACUGAGCUUCCAACUUCUUUAUCUGUGCCAUCAAACCAUAUAACAAGUCUUAAGGAUGUGGUGUCUUUCUAUUCUAAAGAAUUAGAAAAGUUCCAAGAUGUUUGGUCAAUGCUCGAUGAUAUCGAUGCACAUACUUGGGUUUUGGAACCCUGCAAACCUAAACGAAGCGAUUUGAUGCGCAGAAUCGCUUUGGGUAAUCAUUGCUCUUUACAAAUAGAGUUGGACGCGUCUUGCCCCAAAGAAGAAUGUCAGUAUCGGUUGUUUGGUACGGAAAGUUUGAUUUCCCCAUUACGGGAGAAAAUGAUUAAAAAUUGGAAUAAUUGGUUGAAUUUCGAUUUAACUAUUCGUCAAAAUUUUGAGAAUAUCCUUGAAAUAACUUUUCCUUCUGCACAAACUAUUUCAACAUCUGAUAUAAAUAUCGAAUGUGGAAUUUGUUAUUCAUAUCGUCAUGAAGGUUCUUUACCUGAUCAAUCAUGUAAUAAUGCAAAGUGCGGUCAACCUUUUCAUCAUUCUUGUUUUGGCUCAGGUCUAUUCCGUCAACAAAACAAAGUUUCAAUACAUUCUUCGGGAAUUGUCCUUAUUGCAAUGAC